GAUCCCUUCCGUUUCUGCGAACCCCGCAUUUCGCAGGUCGGGCAACGACUUGGUAUAAAAACAUCGCAGGCCAUGAAGACGAGCUGCAGCGAUUAUCUCAGCUCGUGGCGUAACAAUGCGCUUUCUCUCUGCCCUACUUGCUUUACUGCCCCUGGCGUACGCGUCCAACGCGAAUGUUCAAGUUAAUGGGAAUGUCUGCACUGUCGUACCACUCGGUGGGGGGCAGGACGAUGGGCCUAACGUCCUUUCUGCCUUUUCGCAAUGCGGAGACGGAGGCACCAUAGUCCUGGACAGUUACUACGUGGUCGGAACCGUCUUGGUUACUACUGGUCUCAAAGACGUUAACAUCGAGUUGAGUGGUACUGUGCAAUAUACUCCAGAUAUCGCUUACUGGUCACCAAACUCGCUGUAUAUGGCAUAUCAAAAUGCCACAACUUACUGGUUCUUGUCUGGCGAUAAUCUUCAUUUAUACGGUGGUGGAACUCUGGACGCCAACGGCCAAGUUUGGUGGGAUUACCCGAACAAGACUACUGGAACUGCAGGUGGUUCAUCUACCACUUUUGCUCGCCCGGUACCUCUCACCGUUGGUAACGCGUCCAACGUGGUAAUCGAAGACCUGACUGAGAUUUCCUCGCCUUUCUGGAAUAACUUUGUCUAUCAAUCCACCAAUGUAACAUACAGGAACAUAAAUAUUUCUUCGGUAUCCUAUUCAUCCAACCCUGCCGCCAACUCUGAUGGAUGGGACAUCUAUCGUUCAUCUUACAUCACCAUCGAGAACUCCACCAUAAACAACGACGACGACUGUGUUUCUUUCAAACCUAACACCACGAAUGUCAUCAUCAGCAAUCUGCACUGCAAUGGAUCACACGGUAUUUCCGUCGGGAGUCUAGGUCAAUAUGCCGGGGAGACCGAUAUCGUCGCCAACAUAUACGUGAACAAUGUCUACAUGGCCAACGCCGAGAAUGGUGCUCGUAUCAAAGUCUUCGGUGGCUCUCCGUACGCGAACUCGACAGCAGGUGGUGGUACAGGAUAUGUCCAGAAUGUAACGUAUCAGAACUUCCAAGUGGUGAACGUCGACAACCCCAUCACCGUUGACCAGUGUUAUGACACGGAUGCCGCCGCCUGUGCCGAAUACCCCAGCCAGCUCAAUAUCUCUGAUGUCCACUUUAUUGACAUCUACGGUACCUCGUCAGGAGAGGACGGAACGGUGGUAGUCGAUAUCGAAUGUUCCUCCGAGUGCCAGGAUAUCACCGCCACCGGCAUCAACCUGACCAGCCCCAACGGAACUGCUACGUACGUUUGCCAAAAUGUCGCGAGCGAGUCGCAGCUCGAUUUCAACUGCACUGCUCCGUCGAGUUCAUCCAGUGCCUAAAAUACCUCCCCAGUCUGACAUUUCCAUAGUUUUUAACUUGGGGCUUUAUGUAUGAGCCGAUUACUGCGCUUACGAGUGUACCUUUUGAGUAAAAUUGCAAAGAUAGACUUCCGAAUGUUAUACCUGCCUUGCGAGCCUUGGAUACAUAUAUUUGUUUUGGGUGGUACAUUUCUUAGACUCGCAGUUAUACUUUGUUGAAUGUUAUAAACAUGGAAUCCA